AUGGGUUUUAUUCAGUCAAUACUCCAGAGGGCGAGGAUACCGCGACUGGCGUACUCGUGGCGAUCCUAUGCUCAUCAACUCCUUGUGGCGCAGUCGACAACCAUUGGGAAUACGAAAACAGCUUGGAAACGCAGAGGUGUACAUAAUAUUAGCGCUACUUAUCGGGUUCGUGACUGUGGUGGUGGGGUGCUGGCUCUCAGACAACUGCUGGUCGCCGGAACCGGAAGACUUGCUAGCUGGCUGACCCGUGUCGGCGGGCGCGUGCACGCACGUGUAGCGCCCGCCGUCCGCGGCUGCCGAGCACGACAGCCCCUCUGGUGCGGGAUCGCUGUCGCCCGUUCUGCCGCCGACCGCUCCGCCUCCAGCCCGUACACCGGCUUUCCUUCACGCUGCCAGGCACCUCUGCCGCGGAACAUGCCUUCCUCUACCCUGUGA